GCUGCCUGGUGCCUUAAGGCGCGAGAAUUUGUGUGUUAACUGUUCUUGUGAUUCUUUAUAUGAUUGUUCGAUAAGCCUAACAUGGUUACAGCUGUUCAACCAAUGUUUGGUCUUUUAAAACGACUCCACCUACAUCCAAUGGAAAAUGCUUUAAAUGAAUUAGGUCCACAAACUUCCCUUCUGCAAUCUAUAAAGUUUAAAGCCCAGCCAUUUCUGUUUCGUAAAACCAAAUCUGAAGAAAUACGACGUAAUCACGACAGUAUGGGCCAGAAGAGACCAUCAACUUACCUUUCUAACACGGACCUGAAAACUGCCAAACGUUCCCGCCGUGUUACGAAAUUAACUGAUAAGAUCGUAAAUUCCGUGGAUGUAAACUUUAAACCUAAUUAUGAGAAUUCAAGCAUAAGUUAUUCAACUUUAUCUCCUGGGGUAACCCCAUCAAAUCCACCGAUCUUUCCAUCUCCUACUUCAAUCAAUUCCCCCAACCUUUCUGUAUCUAAUGUUUCAUAUUCUUUACGCAUCCCGAACUCUAGCGAAACUCCAGUAAUUUCUCAUCCGAAAUAUCUGUGCCUCCAAAACUCCCCGCACCCAGUUUGCCAGUAUCGAUCCCAAGUUACUCCCGUCGUUAGAACUAAUCCCACAGAGUACCAGACACGGAUUUCUACACGCAGUACGGAUUCAUUAUUGGAUGAGAAUCAUUUUGUGACUGAAGAGGAAAUACCCGCUAAUUCUAUUUGUGCAAAGGACUCCCUCCAUUUAAAUAAAAUAACUGGUCAUCUUAGUGGACAGAAUCCUAAGGAUGUUCGAUACUUGAGUCGCUCACGUAAUACCAGCAGAUUGUCUCCUGUAUCUUCAGUAUCGAAAAGAUAUGAUAAUUCUGACGAUAACAAAUGUGAUGUGAAGUUGAGAAACAAAGAUAAAGUUAUGAUUGUACACAAGGAACCACCAAAGCGUCGGAAAUCUAUUGAUCAGCUUAUUGAACCUUCGAUUCAUGGAUUACCAGAUCCCGAAAUGUCCACUAAACCUCGUGCACGAAAACCAACCCAAUUUUUACAACUUAAUGCACAAACUACUGAGCCUUCGUGUAAUGAUCGAAAGCCCGCCUAUCUCACUACUCAGUCAUAUUAUUAUGUACCAGAUUUUACUAACCGUCAUCCCCAAAGUCCAGAAACCGUCCAAGGUCAUGUGAUGGAGCCGAGAGGUAUACCAAAGAUGUCCAAUUCUGCUGUUCUUAUUGAGGUUCCUAGCUGGCGUGUUAUACCUAUCCCAGGUGUCGAUAUCUAUACGGAUUGUUCUUGUGGAGCAAAACAUUGCAAAUCAUGCCCCAAAAAACACCCAGACAGACGAAAACUAACAGAUACGGAUACUCUUAAACCAUGUAAUCUCCGCGCCUUACGAUCCAGCUUACUGACUAUUAACUCUGUCCAUUCAAAUAAAAAUUAUCCAACUUCAGAACUUAAGUCAAAACCCAGGUCUAGAUCUUCCCAGACACAAAAAGAGCAUUACCAAGUUGGAGAACCUAUCAAAUCAGUUGGUGUUUUGGAUGAAAACAUAUCAGAUCCAGCAUUCCUUGCUCGCCAUUCGCGUUUGGAAAUUGAGGAAGUUCGUCACGAACGCUUAUCUCGUCAACGUACUGCAGAACAAGAACUAAAGCAACGUUUAGAAGAAAGGGAUCAAGCCAGUUGGCAUAAGAGACAACCUGGUCGUUUGGAUCCACUUCUGAAGUAUAGACCAGCUAGUCGGAUGCCGACUCAGCUAAGCUACGCACUCAAGCAAGGUUAGAACAUUUUUGGAAACAUUUUUUAUUCUUCCUUUUUCGACCCAUAUUUUAGCAUCAUUAAAGCUUAAAAAGAACUCGUUUCGAUCCAAUAGAAUUUAUAAACUGUUAUGUGGAUCAUUAAGUAUUUUAUUUUCGUGUUUAAGUUGUGAAUUUUCAGAUAUUAUUCAGUUCAUUUAGUCCGUUAAGGCGGACAUCCUUGACGAAAGCCGUAUGAUUCCCAGUUGAUAUUGUCAUAGAUUAUUACCCAUAUCAAAUUGUAUGCAGAAAGUUAAUAAAAAUAAGAGUCUAUGCUCACUUAAAAUCCAAUAUUUAUUAUGCUGCAACACUAUAUGACUUAAUAAUUCACCUGCUAAGUAAAUCAAGAUUAUGUAUCCACUCAAUGUUCAGUAGGACGAUAAUACUUGAGUUACAUUAAACCGCUCUGAUUCUCCACUCUAGUCCGACUAACGUAACUCAAUCCACAUUUUCACCAAUUAAUUUGCUUUCCCUAAAUAGAUCAUCUGACUUCAAUGCAACAGCAUAAUAUGAAUCACAGUCAACAUAUUUCUACAUUUUUUACUUACCACUACUACAAUAACAACAUUUAUAAAAAGACACUUUAUGAUCAUGUUUAGGUUUGUUUUGAUUUACUGGUUACUUAAAAUCAUUCUAUACAUUUUCAAACCAUAUUUUGAAAAUUUGUUCCUUGUUUAUCAACCCAAUGUUUCCAUCCCAUCAAUCUUUGUUAUUCACUUUUUUCCAAGGACAUCAAUUUCACGUAGACAACUCUAUACCGGUGGUCGCAUUCGGUUGUCGUGUGCCAUUAGCCUCACUAAAACCGUUCACAAAGUUCAGCAUUCAAUAAAUUCGCACUAAAGUCAGGUUAUUCACAGCAUGUACAGUCUUUCGGUUUAACUUUUGAAGCUUUUCACAUUGUAUAUAUUAGCUUUUGUUACACUAUUGUUCCUGCGAUUUAUCCUUCCAUCAUCAGGUGGUUAAGUGCUUGAUUCCUGUUAUCUACCCUCACAAAUACAAUAUACUGACCCUAAAGCUGCUUCCUUUGAAUUUUCUCUUUGUUAAUAUCAAAUUUAUUUUCAUCCUUGGACUGACGUUAUUAUUAUUUGACCAAAUCAUCCAUAUAUCAGUUUUUCGAUAAGGUUCAUUUUCUAAAUAAUACUAUAUUUUAAAAAAGAUUACAAAUCUAACUUUAUGCUAUUGUAAUUCAGUAGUUUAACUUCAGCUGUUUUAAUCCUUACCAGAAACGAUUUCAAUAAUCCACUUCAUAAGUUUGUCGUAAUGACCGUAAAGCUCUGUAUAGAAUUCCACAUGUCUUUUACGCUAGUUUUUCUUUCAGCUUACUACACUACCUAAAUACAUGUAUGCAUUUCUUUUCAUAUAAAAGAUCUGUAUUUAUAA